CGGGUCCCAGGAGGGGCGGGGCGGUGGCUUUACCAGUCAGGAAAUCUGUACUGUCGAUUCCAUCCUCCGCCGCGGCCCCCUCCCUGGGGCCCCUCUUCUCCUCGGCAGCCCCCCGGCUCCCGGCCCCAGCCGGACCGCCAUGGCCGGGACCAGCCUCACCGGCCCCGCACUGCUACUCGGACUCCUCGCAGGGGCGACGGCUCAGACCUUGGGAGUCUCUUCCCCAGGCCUCUGCAGUUUCUGUUCUCCUCUCGAUCUCCCGCUAAUGAUCGGCCUCGUGCUCGGGGACGCGCUGGUCACCGUGGUCAUCGUGGUCGCCGUUUACUUCUGCACCCGGAGAGCGGGCGGGAGCGGCGGGGCCGCGCCCCUCGAGGACACCAAAGUCUACAUGAACCUGCCGGGGCGUCGCUGACGGAGCCAAUCAGCGGGCCGAGGACUGACACCCGCCCAAAACGGUCCUCCCUGGUCUACCCUGCUGCGCUCGGGGUCUGCUUCAUAAAACCCCUCGAGGCCUCGGCUUCGGCUCCGAAAUUUA